CUCUGAUCCCUUCCCAGUGGAGUUACUGCGAAGCUCCCCGGGCACAGUUGGUCUGUUGAGAUCAGCACAUGGAAGGAUUCACAGCCUGUCAUGCAGGGCCAAACACGAACGACCCAAAAUUAUGAGCCUCAGGCGCAGUGACAUAUGAAUCGGCCAAUCCCACUUUUCCCACCCACACUAUUUUAUCUUUGAUUCAUCUUCGAUUGAUCAUGUCAGCAAAAUGGGCACGGGCAUGGCAUACAAACUGAACGCGCAGAAGCUCGCCUCCACCUACCGAACCCGUUACCUCAUCAUCACCAUCGGCGUCACCGUCGGCCUCAUCGUCUACACCCUCUGGUUCGCCGUCAACUCGGACAACGAUAAUGUCCACCCGUACCUGAACCAACUCAUCCCCGCCGGCCACUGCGCCUGCAAAACCACCGCCCAAUUCCAGUGCUCCUCCUGUUUAUCAUGCCCCUCGACGACCCUGGCCACCUCCUCCCCCGAAUCACGACCCUAUAACGCCCGUUACGACGCUAAGAACCUCACCCUCCCCGCCGCGCAAUGCCAGUCUUUCUUCCCCGGUUUGUUCGAGGAUAUCCACCGCGCCCGCGCGUUCUGGCAAGCGCGCAACGGCAUCGCAAUGGAUGAUCUGGACGACAUUAACCUCCUGAACGGAAUGGCACGUGUGGCCAUCCUCCAGGGCGAGCUACAUGUUCUCGCCAUCCGCGCGAAAGGGGAAGACCAUCGACGGAAGAUCAUCGCGACGCUGAGCUCGAUUCAUCGCGCGCUCGUCGCGUCGCCAGAUAGCAUGGCCAUCCCGAAUACGGAAUUUGUCUUUUCAAUCGAGGAUAAACUCGACGAUGUGGCGGGGCCAGAUCAUCCGCUUUGGAUUCUUGCGCGACGUCCGAGUGAAGAGUCGGUUUGGCUGAUUCCGGAUUUUGGGCUGUGGGCGUGGAGUAACGGCAAUGUGGACAAUCAGAUCGGGCCGUAUGAUAGGAUCGCUGAUCGCAUUCGACAUGACGAACAGACGCUGUCGUGGGGAGCAAAGGAGGAUAAACUCGUCUGGAGGGGAAAGUUGAGCUUCGCACCGAAGAUGCGCCGUUCGCUGCUCGAAGUCUCGCGCAAUCAGCCCUGGGGCGAUGUGAAGGAGCUGGUGUGGCAGAAUAAGGAGAAUUAUCUGUCGAUGGAGGAUCACUGUCGGUAUAAAUUCAUCGCGCAUGUCGAGGGCCGCUCAUACUCCGCCUCACUCAAAUACCGACAAGCCUGCAAAUCCGUCAUCUUCGCCCAUCGCCUCCAAUUCAUCCAACACCACCACUACCUCAUGAUCCCCUCCGGCCCGAACCAGAACUACGUCGAAGUCGAGCGCGACUUUUCCGACCUCCCAGAAAAGGUGGAAUACCUCCUCACCGAUCCCCGCCAGGCAGAGCGCAUCGCAAGCAACAGCGUCAACACGUUUCGAGAACGAUACCUCACACCAGCCGCAGAAGCAUGCUACUGGCGAGCCCUGAUUGACGGCUGGACGGGCGUAUCGAGGAAUAUCACAACUUCACUGGGAAGAACAGAGAAGGGAAUGCGUUAUGAAUCUUUUAUUCUACUAGAUAGCAGUGAUAUGUUACGGUUUACUGCAUAGUUAUAUACCCCUGAUUUAAUAUGAAUAAACAAUUAAUU